AUGUUUCAAGCUACAGCUGCCCUGAAAAAUAGGCGGAAUAAUUUUCGACGGUUACCUACUCGAGCUGCUCUCUGUGUGUUCAAAGCCAUUUUUGUUACAUUUCUAAGUGAUUGCGAAGCCACUGAAGUGCUAGCACUUCCUGAGAGGCGCGCAGUACAGUUGGACAGCUGUAUCCAAGUUGUUCCUUUCCAAGUUGUAUGA